UCGCAACGUUUCCAACAACAAACGCUCGUGCACAUCCUGGACACGCAGAGGAAAUAUUCAAACCACCAGACUACUGUCACGCGUUUUUCACUGGGAUUCAUUUUUAAUUUGCAAACAUGAUUCCAGAGGAAAGCUUUGGGUCCAUCGAGAACAGGAUGCAGUCUGUAGGUCUGGCUCUGGAGGAACUGCUGGUGACGGCUCAGAAACAAGACUGCCUGACCGUUGGCAUCUAUGAAUCAGCUAAACUUCUUAAUGUAGACCCAGACAGCGUGGUCCUGUGCGUUCUGGCAGCUGACGAUGCAGACGACGUGGCGCUGCAGAUCCACUUUACCCUGCUACAGUCCUUCUGCUGCGACAGCGGCCUUACCAUCCUGCGAGUCUCAGGAGUUCAGCGGCUCCAGCAGCUGCUGGGUGCUGUGGAUGCCAACAGAAACCAGGAAGAGCACAGAGACCUCCACUGCAUGCUGGUUACGAACCCCCAGGCUGACCACUGCAGGCUACAAGAGGUGGGGAUCUACUGCCAGGAGAGCCGACGCCUUAACCAGUGGGUGCCUGAACUGGUCCUGCAGGAACGCUGAAUGGUCUGGCAACCACAUACUCCAACAAACACAGGAGCUUUCUGGGUUCAGAUACUGAUGAACUGCAGGAUCCGUUGUUGCUCAUGCAGGGAUGGCCCGGAGUGAACUGGGACGGGCUAUCCUGACUGAUGACAAGCAGAAACCAAGGACUAGUGAAACAGUCAGAGUGGAGACUGGUUUACAAAAUCUGUUUUGUACAAAAGAUACAGACAGAAAAGCAGAUUCCCAACCAGGCCACGUUAUUUUUACAUUGUCAGUAAAACUAGAUCUAAGCUUCUAUUUUGUGCUUCUGUUUGGCUACUUACAAUGUUUAUGGGGUGUGACAAUCGAUAAGAGGAUUAGUAGCAUUGACUGAAACAUGUCCACACCCCAACUUGUACCUGGGAGACCUGUGUGUUUCUAUUAACUGGACAGGAAUGCUGUAAUGAAACUAUGCCCAACAUUCCUGUGUAUUCUGACAUGGGAGAGUUCUUGGAGAGAAGGUGUGUGUGUGUGUGUGUGUGAAUGUGUGGUAUGCGUGUACAAUACUUGGGCGUGCAGUGUGUGCGUUCUUGAAAUGAGCAGCAGAACCUGUGGAGGAAUCGUCACUAUGGAAACUGAAAUGGAAAUGAUGUUCAAGUUAAAGUCCCACAGAAUUUAUUGGCUAAAGAAAAUUGCAAAAGCUGCGCAGAACAUGAUGUUUUUGGUCAAAGGAGGAUCCAGAAUGAGCAGUAUAAUGAACUGUGUCUGAUCUGAUGUAAAAGCCGACUGUAAAUUCUCAUUGUGCAGCAAAAGAAACCCCAGUCAGUAUCUUUGUGCCUUCAGGAGUGCUGCUUUGUUGAUGAAAUUCUGUUUAAUAUGAACAGUGCUACAGCAGUAAUUUAUUGAUUGUAUCAGUUGUUUGUGUAGCUAUUUAUGGUCUAAUAUUGUGCUUGCUUAACGUCAGUAAAUUAUUGUGUUCAUAAUUGA